AGUCUGAAGUUUAGAUUCAUUAUUCAUUUUAUUAAGCUUUUUUAUGUUCAAUCAUUUACUGAGCUUCUGUUAUGUUCAAAUGGACUGUCAGCUUGACCAAGUCAAAAGCAAUUUGUAAGGAUCACAAAACACCUCAAAAUCAUAUUACCUUUGAACUUUGAGAUAUUUGAUCUCAUAUUGUACAAAAUUAUAAAUUCCAACUAAUAUUAUUAAGGACAAGUGACAAAGAACACAUUGAAAUGUAAAAGCUUUUUUUAAUUCUUCAAUUGUAGUGUUACAAUCAUUGCAGGUGCAGCAGUUGGAAUUCGUAUUGGCCGAGCAGCAAAUGAUAAGUGCUGUUGCUUCUUCCUCUAGCUCUUCUUCUAUGUUGUCUCCUAAAAAAUAUGACGUUUUUCUAAGCUUUCGAGGUGAAGACACACGCAGGAACUUCACUAGCCAUCUCUAUGAAGCUUUGAAGCAAAAGAAAGUUGAAACCUAUAUAGAUGAACAUCUUGAAAAGGGAGAUGAAAUCUCACCAGGACUCAUUAAAGCCAUUGAAGAUUCUCAUGUAUCUAUUGUGGUCUUCUCAAAGAACUACGCUUCCUCAAAGUGGUGCUUGGUUGAACUCAUCAAGAUUCUGGAUUGCAAGAAAGACCGAGGACAGAUUGUAAUACCUGUGUUUUACGAGAUAGAUCCAUCAGAUGUGAGAAAGCAAACUGGGAGCUACGAACAAGCCUUUGCAAAACAUGAGGGGGAACCCAGCUGCAACAAAUGGAAAACUGCUCUCACUGAAGCAGCCAACUUGGCUGGGUGGGACUCUCGAACUUAUAGGACUGAUCCUGAAUUACUUAAGGACAUUGUUGCAGAUGUUUUGCAAAAAUUGCCUCCUAGAUACCAAAAUCAACGUAAAGGACUAGUUGGAAUUGAGGAACAUUGUGAACAUAUUGAAUCAUUACUUAAAAUUGGGCCGACAGAAGUUAGAACCCUUGGUAUAUGGGGUAUGGGUGGGAUAGGUAAAACGGCCCUUGCUACUACUUUAUAUGACAAAUUAUCUCAUGAAUUUGAAGGCAGUUCCUUCCUCUCAAACGUAAAUGAAAAAUCAGACAAGCUUGAAAAUCACUGUUUUGGUAAUUCUGAUAUGAGUACGCUUCGAGGUAAAAAAGCUCUCAUUGUCUUGGACGAUGUGGCUACCUCGGAACAUCUAGAAAAAUUAAAAGUAGAUUAUGAUUUCUUGGAACCAGGAAGUAGAGUCAUUGUUACAACUAGAAAUAGGGAAAUACUUGGCCCCAAUGACGAAAUUUAUCAAGUCAAGGAAUUGAGUUCUCAUCACUCUGUUCAGCUUUUUUGUUUGACUGUUUUUGGAGAAAAACAACCUAAAGAGGGGUAUGAAGACCUAUCAGAAAGAGUACUUUCCUAUUGCAAAGGUAUUCCUUUGGCUUUAAAAGUUAUGGGUGCAAGUCUUCGUCGAAAAAGUAAAGAGGCAUGGGAGAGUGAAUUGAGAAAACUCCAAAAGAUUUCGAGUAUGGAAAUUCAUACAGUAUUAAAAUUAAGUUAUGAUGGCUUAGAUCAUUCUCAGAAGGACAUGUUUUUGGACAUUGCAUGCUUCUUUAAAGGACGAGAAAGAGAUUGGGUAACAAGAGUAUUGGAUGCUUUUGAUUUCUUUGCAGCAUCUGGGAUAGAAGUCCUUUUAGAUAAAGCUCUUAUAACUAUUUCAGAAGGCAAUCACAUAGAAAUGCAUGACUUGAUACAGGAAAUGGGUUGGGAAAUUGUUCGUCAAGAAUGUAUCAAAGACCCUGGAAGACGAAGCCGAUUGUGGAGACAAGAGGAAGUGCAAAAUGUAUUGAAAUAUAACAGGGGAACUGAUGUUGUUGAAGGCAUAAUUUUAUCUUUGCGGAAAUUAACUGAAGCUCUACGUUUGAGCUUUGAUUUCCUUGCAAAGAUGACUAACCUGAGAUUUCUUCAAUUCUAUGAUGGUUGGGAUGAUUAUGGUUCUAAAGUGCCAGUUCCUACUGGUUUUGAGUCAUUGUCUGAUAAAUUGAGGUACCUUCAUUGGGAAGGAUUCUGCCUUGAGUCUUUGCCACUUAACUUUUGUGCUGAACAGCUUGUGGAGCUUUACAUGCCUUUUAGCAAGCUUAAAAAGCUUUGGGAUGGGGUUCAGAAUCUUGUGAAUUUAAAGAUAAUUGGCCUUCAGGGCUCCAAAGACUUGAUUGAGGUCCCAGACUUAUCCAAGGCAGAAAAACUGGAAAUUGUUAAUCUUUCUUUUUGUGUAAGCUUGCUUCAGCUCCAUGUUUAUUCAAAAUCUCUCCAAGGACUUAAUGCCAAAAACUGUUCAUCUCUUAAGGAAUUCUCAGUGACAUCAGAGGAAAUAACAGAAUUGAACUUAGCUGACACAGCUAUAUGUGAAUUGCCGCCAUCAAUUUGGCAAAAGAAGAAACUCGCUUUUCUUGUCCUAAACGGCUGUAAAAAUCUUAAGUUUGUUGGGAACGAAAUUGUUCACUUACUGUCUUCAAAAAGGUUAGACCUAUCUCAAACUAAUAUUGAGAGGUUGCCUGCACUUCCACCAUCCCUAAAAUAUUUGAUGGCCGAGGGCUGCACUUCUCUGGAAACAAACUUCACUCAACAUUUAGUGUUACACCACAUGAUACAAAGCCGCAUACCCUACUUACACAAACAUCCUAGUAACCCCGGGUAUUAUAAUAACCAUGAAUGCUUCUUCUUCCCGGGGGACCGCAUCACCAAAGCGUGUGGGUUUUGCACAGGAGAUAGUUCAAUAACUAUUCCUUAUCUUCCAAAAUCUGACUUGCACGGUUUCAUUUAUUGCAUCAUUUUUUCUGAGGGAAUUUACGGAAAGAGAAGCAGCGUACUUUCAUGUUCUAUCAAUCAAGACGGUAUACAGGUCGGCCAGGACCAGAAGACAAUAUAUAUCCCAGAUUUAUUUUUAGAUCAUGUGUUAUUUUGGUAUCAUGACAUCAGACAAUUUGACAGAAUAAGAGAAGUGUGUGAUCAUUUCAGCGACCUAACAAUUUCAUUUGAACAUAAACACUUAUUUCGUGGCGUGAAGAUUACAUGGGGCAUAAAAGAGUGUGGGGUCUUCCCAGUAUAUGCCAGGGCAUCAGGGUUUAAGGUGGUUGGUAGUAAUAGCAAGGAAACUUUUGAAUGUGAAUCCAUUACUCAAAUCUCUAAUAAUGAGUCACAGCCCAGACCCAGAGCGAUCAGAGUUGAAGCUGGAGUUAGAGGCUCUAAUAAUGAAAAUGAAGAAGACAGGAACAACUUCCUGCAGCAAAAGAGGAUGAGGACUUCACCAUAAAAGAUAAUCUUCCUGUGACUACUUCAUCGCUAUCAAACCUCACCCACUACUCCUUAUUUAGUGCUUUUUUCAUAAAUGAAAUUAGUCAUUCAAAUAUAGAAAUUAUCAGUUGGAAAUACUCUUGAUUCUAGAAAUUUAUGCAUGGUAUAUUGUAAUAAGUUUACAACAUUGUGCUAUGAUGCUAUACUUACCUGUUGAGCAGGUUUUCUUUUUGAAAUACUUAUAUAUGAAUGUCGCACUUUUUGAGCAGGAAAUGAGCACUAGCUUGU